UUACUGCUCCUUGUCGUACGGUAUUCGGCCAUCGUUCAACAAUUCGAUUUCGGCUUCUUCGUGGAUUCUAUCUCAAAACAAACUCAAAUCUUUGACCGUCUUUAUCUCAUGCUGGGAUAUUUGUCUUAUUAUCAAGUCCCUCACUUCUCAAAGAAAAACAUUGAAACAUUUAAAAUUCGAUUAUGUAAAUUUCAAAAAUUGUUAUUCACAAAAGGAUAUAUUGGAGUGUGAGAAAUUGGAAGUGCUGGAAUUUUGUAAUUGUCGGCACCUAGAGGAUAAUCUGAUUGAAGAUUUGGUCGGAAAAGUAGAGGAAAAGAAUGAAGGAACCACUCGAAGAUUGAAAAAUUUAAAAACUUUGAUCCGCGGAAAGGAUUGUUAUGAAGGUUCUUAA